AUGGGCCAGGUACCUUUUGCCGGCUACCUUCAUGACAUGGGGGAUGGAGCAAAGCUGGAAAUACAUGAUGCGAUUCCUGCGACGGAGUCCCUUGACAAAGACACCAAACUGCUCAUAGCGGGAAUCGUUGCCCGGGCGACCACAUCCUGGAAAGCGGACUCUAUUUGUGAGGAUUUGUCGAACGGCAUGAAGCAGCACUUCCGCCCCAUAAGUCGCGACUCCUCACAUCUGACAACGCGGCACAAGCUUGCCAGAGUGGCGGCAUCAACUGCGAGCGUUCUCGUCCACGCCGGGCAGCCCACAGACGAUAGCACAAUCGGCAUGGCAACCGAGUGUGCCAUGAUGGCGGCGAAUCAUGCUUUUUUUGGAGUUGGAGGCGACGCCAGUCUCAGCGACACACACAUACGCUUCGUCUCUGCACAGGCGGCAGCCCUCGCGGCAGCUGAAAGGGCCGCUGCAUCGGCUGCCCGCGGCACGGAGAUUGGAGUGGCAGCUGCAGAUGCCGCAAAAGGUACAGACACACCACUUCAAGCUGCAGCAGAUGCUGCCACACAAGCUGCUGCUAUUGCCGGAGCAUCGAGGUCAAAGGCUGCAGAUGCAGUAAUCGCAGCUCUUCGAAGUUUUAAUUUGUGUCCUGGGGAGCAGUCCAUCCUGGGUGCAGAGCAUGUGGCGAGAGAAGUUGCUCGUAAAUGUGCUCGAACAGCUUCGCCGUUGGAAUGCGGACUUGAAGUCGAUAUUGCUGCAAGCAACGUGCUUACUGCCUGCAGUGCACCAGUGGCCUUUGUCAGGUACGCGUCUCUGAAGGGUGUCACCGCAGUGGCCGAGGCUGUAGCACUUUCUGGAGCCACUCCGCAGGCAGUAUCGACAGCAGUCAAGCUUGCGUUGAAGGCUGCUGGAGCACGCAAUUCUUCGACCCUCUCAACAGCCAAGAUUGCCAGCAGGGCUUCUGCAUUUGCCAAAGCCGCAAGCUUCGGAACCCCUGUUGAAGUGGGAACUGCUGCCAAAGAAGCAGUAGGCGAGUUUACGCAGAGCACAGUUCUGAAGGAGUCCGUGGCCACUGAGGCAGCGGUGCGUGCAAUCAUUCGGCAGAAAUUCACACAGGGCACGUCCGAAGAUUUUGCCGCUCGGCAAGCCCGUGAAGCCGCCAACGCUACAGGCCCCACAGGAUCUGAACACGCAGCGUUGAUCUGCGGGACUGCAGUCGAAACGCUGACAGAAUACAUUCCAGGCUUCGCGAGCGCAAAGGACGUCGGAACAGCAGCGAAGAACCUGGCCCUUUCAAUAGCCGCGACAAUUCCUUCAAACUUGGGUGCCGGCAGUUCGGCUUUCCUUUCUUUGCGACAGGCUCUGUAUCUUGCUGCCGAGUCUGCGGCCGGAGCGGUUUUGCAGCAAGAGAUCCGGGAAGGAUUUGGUGCUGGGAAUAUGCUGAGCGAAGCCAUUGCGCAGGCCAAGCUGGCAGUCACCGCGGCACCGAUGUCGGGAAGGGAUUUUGCAAAAGUUCUCGGUGACGUUACUGUCAGGGAGUCGCUUCGGAGAGGGCUGAGCACAGAAUCCAUCGCGAAGCUGCUGCAAGAUGGCACCACUAUUGUGCAGCAGUCUUUUGCACACCAGGGUGACCUGCUAGCCGUAGACAUCUACACGUCCACGGCAAAAUCAGCUGCCCAGGCGAUGGCAGAGGCAAAUGUUCAGUUUGGACUUCAGCCAGCAGCGAUUCGUGCCCGAUGCAAGAAGUUAUUGCAGAACUUGGGUUUGCCUGAAGAUGUAGUGGCCCACCUCGCAUCCGCAUCCACCCUGCAAGCAGUGACUCACGGUGUGCGGCCGGAUAAGGCUGGAACUACUGCACGAAUGGCCAUUGGGUGGAGCUUGUGGCAGGAUAAAAGCUUGCCAGCAGCCAAGAAGGCAGCGAUAGCGGCAUCAACGGCACUGGCAGCUCAAGGAUCUCCUCCAGGAGUGAUGACCGAAGCAGCUCGCACCGCUGCGAUUUCCACAGGCAUUCCCUCCCCUGCAGCAGCAAGAAUCGCCAUGCGUGCAUCCGCGGAUGCGGCGGCCACGUACGCAGCGAACCAGGGAGCCUCCCCAGUCGCGGUGGGCACUGCAGCACACGAUGCAGUUGUUGGCGCACUAGCUGCCAGCAACACGUCCCGCACCCAUGCCUUGCUCGCGACCGCAGUUCCGGCUGCAGUGCAUGCCAUCACUGUAUCGACCGGCAGAUUGCGCAGCGAAGUGCUGGGGAGCAGAGCGCGCUUGGCAGCGGACGGCGCCAUGGGCAAGGGAGCAGGCAGAGCAUUUUGGGGGGAUGCCUCUACAGAAGCUGCUCGGGUGGUCGCGACUGAGGCUGCCAAGAGAGCUUCCCUGGAGGGCCGGCUCCCCUUCCAGGUGGCUCUGGCUGCCAAGGAUGCCGCAGCAACUUUCCUGCACUGUGCCAUGGUUCCAGUGAUCCUACUCCUCAAUGCUGUGGCCCUCUCAUUGGCCGACAGUUGCAGGGAUGGCAACUGCUCUCGGCAGGUCGGACCCAUGUUGCUUCAACAGCGCAGCAGCAUUGCACAAUCCCUAGGAGUGGGGCACACCGUGUACACCUUCGCCUAUCAGGGCUGCUACAUGAAUGAAGGGGCGGCACGAGUGAAUGGCCAUCUGGUCGGAAUAACCAUGGACAGUUGCGCGGACCAUGCUGUCUCCAACGGGCACGACUACAUAGGCAUGGAGUACCCGCAAGCAUAUGAGAGCGGGGCUGCGCAGUGCUUGACAUUCGCCGCGGUACCAUCGGGCUGGCAGAAGGCGAGCGACUCCAAUUGUGAGGCAGAAGUCUUCGAGGGGAACAGGCUUGGAGAUAGAGUGCGAGUGGCCGCGUACCGCAUUUCCACGAUGCCACACCGAGAGCACCCGUGCGGCCAAUGCACUUGCUCCGCAAGCCUUACUCAAAAGCACGCCUCACGGGAAAUCUCCCGUAGAGGCACAUUGAGGGAACUAGGUGUUAGCAUGGGCGCCACCGUCGCAAUGAACCUCGGUGGCGCACUCGCAUCAAUCCCUGGUGUGGCCAACAUUCCCAUCGUGGGCGACGUGCUCGGUACAAUCUUUGAUGCCGAGCCACUGUCCAACCAAGAAGUCAUUGACGAAGUGAAGAAUGCCAUCGGCGACCAGACAGUCGAGCUGAAGCAAGCAAUGGCCGACCAGACAACAGAGAUCGUGAAUGAGCUGCAGUCUGCCCUGCAGGAAUCGACAGAGGCCCUCAUGGACAAGAUGCAGGAGUUCCAGCAGGAGACCCUGAUCGCCAUCGGGCAGCUGGCUGACAGGGCCGCGGCCCGGCAUCAAGAAACGAUGGACUUUCUCCGGGAGCAGGACUUCGGCGAUCACUACCGGCAGUGCAUGGAGUAUGUUUCAGACAUUGUCGCCAAAUAUGCAGCUUAUCGACGCUUUCGGGAGGGCCUGGCCCGCAGAGGCUCCCUUUGUCUGGAUGAAAGUGAGGCUUGCAAGUGCCACUUUGUGCACAACGUUGUGGUGCAAGCGCGGGCGUACGAGAAGUUCUUUGGGGGAGAGGGUGUGGACAGCGAGGUGGGUUUGCAGCGGCUCCUCCGGUGCGUCCUACCAACAGGGUUCUCCUCUUCUUUGUUGGAGAAGUUCCGUGAGGCACGGCCAGUUGAGGCGAGGCCCAACCGCGCGAUGGCACUCGCUCUCACGCGGGAGCUCAUGGGUGCAGUCCGGUUGGGCUAUGAGCUUCAGGAUGCAGCCAUGGCCGUGGGGGGUUUGGACAUUAAGGCCCGCCUGCAGAUGGCAAAGGACGUCCAGGCACAGUUCGACUCGUUCUUCCAGCACUUUGCAGAGCUUUUCCCGGCGGGCACGGACGGUAGGGAUGUCAUUGUAUCAGAGAAGGCAGUUGCCGUGCGCGUCAACAGACUGCUUGAAGCGGGACCCAUGGGUGCCACUGCCCAAUGUAACAUGGCGUAUGUGGACCGCUGGUGGCACAUAGAUCCUUGUAAACCCCGUUGGGGAUACUGGACCUGCCCAGGCACUGUGGCACCUUGUGCAAACUCUCCUGAUAAACAGGCUUGCGCGCUGGCGACUUGCAUUGACAUCCCCGGCUGUGUCGAGUUCGCAUUGGAGAAGGAGCCGCCAAUGGUUUGGUCUGGGGCCACGAAACCUGAGUCUUACCUUUUCGUACAUGGUACAGGCAGCGGUUGCGCAGCCAGUGGCACAGAUCAUUGGAUAGAUGGCUAUUUGGUGCUGCGGAAGGAUGCCUUCUUCGUCGAUUGA